GCGAAAGUGUUUGAUCCGAUCCAAUUAGAAAUUCACGUGCCAAGAUCUCGAAUAACCUAAGCCCAUUUCCGCCAAUCUCUGUCUGCGCUCAUCUCUCAGCCAGACGGUCGUACGCUGCAUUGCUCUCUCCGUUUCCAUCCCCUCUUCCCCUUACACCGGACGCAGUCUACACCACGCGGUUCAUCUAAUACACUGAGAAGAGGGACAGACGGGGUUCAGUGAAGUGCUGUGAUGGCGGAGAAGCCUCAAUCUGUUCAGGUUUUGUAUUGUGGAGUUUGCGGUUUACCCCCCGAGUAUUGUGAGUUCGGCGGAACCGACUUUGAGAAAUGCAAACCGUGGUUGAUCCAGAACGCACCCUAUGUCUACCCAGAUCUUCUUAGAGGAGCUGAUGGAAAAGAAGCAGAUAAAGUAGCUGAUCAGUUUCAAGCAACUUCAAUCUCCGAUGCUGGAGCAGGUUCUUCAGCUCCUAAGCAGGAAGAAGUGAAACGCCUUCCAGGUGGAAAGAUAAAAAAGAAAGACAAGCAAGAAGUUGUGAUUGAAAAGAUGACUCGUAAUAAGAGAAAAUGCAUCACCACCAUUAAGGGGCUAGAAUUAUUUGGCAUCAAACUAAGUGAUGCCUCAAAAAAGCUUGGUAAAAAGUUUGCUACAGGAGCCUCUGUAGUUAAGGGCCCAACCGAAAAGGAACAGAUUGAUGUUCAAGGAGACAUAGCAUAUGACAUUGUGGAUUUUAUUACAGAGACCUGGCCAGAUGUUCCUGAGUCUGCAGUUUUCUUUAUUGAAGAUGGGAAAAAAGUUCCUGCUGUAUAAAAUUUUGGAGGAAAUUUCAUGCAAAACCUUAAUAACCUUCGAUUAUGCUAUUGUGGACAUGUAUAUAUGCGAGAUACUUGAACAAAAUAUGGAUUUGAUAGUUGUGCACCUGUGCUUGAAGGUAUAGAUGGACUUGUGAACAAUCCUGAUCAUUCUCUAGUUUUUAUCAUGACUGGCAAUUCGUAUAUCUACCUGCUAAGAAUCUAAG